AAUCUAACCAACCGACGCUGAGUAGGGAUCGGAUAAAGACGCGUUCUGUGGCAUCUGCCAAAACUCCCGACCACUCCGCUCACAAUUGUCAACGGAGAGACAGUAGCCCGCAAACAGCGGACACCUGACAGGCAACUGAAGGGCUAAAGCAAGAGGCAACAUAAUAUAUUUAGCUGUAAAAUGCAACAGUCUUUGUUGGAUUAAAACAUCAUUCAAAGAUAAGCGUCGUAUAGGCAGUGAAACAAGGACGAACGCCGGCGCUGAAGCUCAACUGCGACUAGGGAGGUGUAGACGGGAAUACUCAAAAGAUCGAAUUUGUCUGUGAUGAGAAUCGCCAUCCACCAGAGACCUAAGGCAGAGGAAGUGAUGUCCGGUCACCACAAUCGCUUCGAGAGGGAGUACCGGGGGACACCGUGGGAGAGGCGGGACAUCGUCCGUUCGGCCGGCCUCCUUAAUGGAGCGGGAGCCAAUAACUGCUGCGCCGCCGCUGUCGGCAAUGGAAACAACCGGCCGGGACUCCUCCCACUGCCUGUCAUUCCCUCCCUCCUGCCCACCCCAGUUACGGUUGCUGUGACGACGUCGAGUGGUGGUGACAUGGUCGUCAAGCGUCAAGGAGGGGUCACGAUCGCUGUCGCUGGUUCUGCCAAGGUGUCAGGUGGGUCUCCAGGGGAGAGAGAGAGCCAGGCUCCAGGUCUGCUGUUAGCGCCAGGGGUGAAGUGGGGACAGACGCCCAUCAACCAGCUCACACCCUGGGAGACGGAAGAACCCCCUGCCAAACAGCAGCACAGAGAUGGUGAAUCCACAGGUCCUACGUGGGCACCUCCAGUAGUAACAGUGACCCAAUCCAGUCUCCUUCCCCACUCCUAUUCCCUCCGCCCCCCUUCCUUCAGCCACAGUGUCACUGUCCAGUCGCCCAUCAUAGGUGUGACCCCCUCCAUCCAAUCCCCCAUGCCCCCCCACCCCCACCCACUAAUGACAGCCCACUUCCAGCUACCCCCACACUCCACCUCACACCAACCCCCCCCCAUGGUUCUCAACAUGCCACCCUACCCCUUGGCCCAGCCCCCUGUCGCCUCCUUGCCCCUUUCCUCCACCUCAGGGGGUCCGGGUGGGACACACCCCAACCAACACAACCAAAAUGUGAUGGGGAACGGUCAUCUGAUGCCGCACCCCCUCAUACAGCCCCCCGUCCUGCCUCUGACCAAUGGGCAGUUGGUGCCGCCGCUUCCGUCUACUCUAGUAGCCUAUCAGGAUGAUCCUAGAGGGCCCAACGGGCUGCAGAUGCUGAGGACUGUGGGAAUGGGGAAGUACGAGUUCACAGACCCGGGACAUCCUAAAGAGAUGUUGAAGGAGUUGAACCAACAGCGCAGAGCGAAAGAGUUUACAGACCUGAAAAUAAUUGUUGAAGGCAAAGAGUUUGAAGUCCACCAAAAUGUUGUAGCUUCCUGCAGCCUUUAUUUCAAGGACCUGGUGAAAAGGUCACUCUCCAGAGAGUGUGGUAUUAUGCUGAUGCCACACAUGCCCUGCACCCCAUCCAGAUCUUUGAGGUUGAAUGAGCGAGAGACACCAUCUACGCAGUGCUGCCCACGAGCCCCACUGUGCAGGUCGUCAGGGGAGACGAGGAGCGGGGAGAUGCUAGAGCUGCGGAUGAGUGACAUUGGAGCUGAUGUGUUGGAGCUGCUGCUGGAGUUUGUCUACACAGGUUCUCUGGUCAUAGACUCCGCUAACGCCAGGACACUGCUAGAAGCUGCCAACAAGUUCCAAUUCAACACCUUCUGCAAAGUCUGUGUGUCCUUCCUAGAGAAACAGCUAACAGUGGGGAACUGUCUAGGUGUGCUGGCCAUGGCUGAAGCUAUGCGAUGUACAGAGCUCCACAACAUGGCCAAAGCUUUCGCACUGCAGAACUUCCCUGAGGUGGCGGGGCAGGAGGAGAUUCUGUGUGUGUCUAAGGAGGACCUAGUGGCCUACCUGUCUAAUGACAGCCUCACCACCAAGGCUGAGGAACUGGUCUACGAGACCGCCAUCAAGUGGAUCAAACAAGACCCCACCGCCAGAGUUCAGCACGUGUCAGAGUUGUUAGCGGUGGUUCGUCUUCCCUUCAUUCACCCGUCUUACCUGCUGAACGUUGUGGAUAACGAGGACUUAAUAAAGACGUCGGAGGCGUGUCGAGACCUAGUCAAUGAAGCCAAGAGGUAUCACAUGUUACCUCACGCCAGACAGGAGAUGCAGACUCCUAGGACACGACCACGGCUAUCUGCAGGUGUGGCAGAGGUGAUAGUGUUAAUCGGUGGUCGUCAGGCCAUCAGUAUGAACCAGCGCUCUCUGACGGCGGUGACAUGUUUUAACCCUCAGAACAGUAAGUGGUUCCCAUUGGCCAGCCUGCCCUUCUACGACAGAGAGUUCUUCAGCGUCAUCUCAGCUGGGGACAACAUCUACCUGUCAGGUGGGACAGAGUCGGGGGUGAUGGUAGCUGACGUGUGGUGCUACAUGUCUCUAUUGGACAACUGGAAUCUGAUGUCCCGUAUGACGGUGCCUCGCUGCAGACACAACAGUCUGGUCUACGAUGGGAAACUCUAUACCAUCGGAGGUCUGGGUGUGUCAGGAAACCUGGACCAUGUAGAGAGGUACGACACCAUAACCAACCAGUGGGCGAUGGUGUCUCCGCUCCCCAAGCCGGUGCACUCUGCAGCAGCCACAGUGUGUGGGGGGAAGGUGUAUGUGUUUGGAGGGGUGAACGAGGCGGGACGAUCAGCAGGAGUACUACAGUCAUACGUCCCUCAGACCAACUCCUGGAGCUUCAUAGAGUCACCCAUGAUAGAUAAUAAGUACGCCCCGGCAGUCACUCUGAACGGACACAUGUUUAUUCUGGGAGGAGCGUACGCCCGGGCCACCACCAUCUAUGACCCGGACAAGGGUAACAUCAAAGCCGGACCUAAUAUGAACCACUCACGACAGUUCUGCAGUGCGGUGAUCCUGGAUGGUAAGAUCUAUGCGACGGGGGGCAUUGUGAGCAGCGAGGGUCCUGCCCUGGGUAACAUGGAGACCUUUGACCCCCACACUAACAACUGGACGCUCCUCCAGUCGCUGCCCUGCCCUCUCUUCAGACAUGGCUGUGUCGUCAUCAAGAAGUACAUCCAGAGUGGCUGAGACCGGUUUCCAUUUGUCUCAGGGGGAUGAAUGAGUUUCCAGAAAGCUAGCCAAUGUGGCAGUUUGUCUCUCUCUACCCAGACCACAGCACUCGUAGAACAGGAAAGUUCAUUUAGUGAAACAUAGAUUUGACAAUUAUUGUUUCUUCUCUCUGCUGUGGACCUGGGUUGUUUAGAGAAAAAGUGCCACGUUAGCUAUGAAGCUUUUGGGAAACUCACCCCUGACCAGUCUGGUUGGGACAGGACACUGUGCAGCUUUUGGGGGUCAACCAGUCAGCACCGGACUAUCCAACUACAACACCCCCAGGACUUGAUGCCAGCAUUGUUGUCUGAACACCCCCCCCCUCCCAUGCAGAAUGUAGACAUCUUAUCUUGAACCACUCUGCCAUGUUAGGAACUGGUGCCUAAGCUACUGUAUGUAUUAUAAAGUAUAGCUUAAAGGAAUUUGUCUGGAUUUUGGCAUUUAGGCUCUUUAUCUACUUCCCCAGAAUCAGAUGAACUUGUGGAUACCAUGUUUCUGUGUCCAGUUUGAUAACUAGCGUUAGCACCUCCAACUUCCUUCAUACACGACACAGAAUCCACAAGCUCAUCUGACUCUGGGGAAGUAGAUAAAGGAUCUCAUUGCCAAAAUAUCCCCUCAUUAUAUAGGCACAGGGGUGCUCCUUGGUUUGUAGUUCCCAGCUUCUUGCUAACUAGUCUUUGGUUUGAUUUUUAAUUCUGUCCCUUCAAUUGAACUUGAAAGGCCCUUUGUGUUCCUGACUCAAGUAUAUUAAAAGCCAUCCCAGUCUUUGUUGUCACUUAGUGGUUUCUGUUACGGAGGUAAAAUGUAUGAGGACAUUCCGUAGUGGCGUAAGGACAGGAGAGAUGCAGGGUUUUAGAAACAACUAUGAUGAGAGAGAGCAGCCUUGUUUUUCUCUGGAUGUCCCCCUGGGUUUAUAAGGACACAUUGGAUACUUGGUUUCUUUCUGGGCCAGAAAGAUGACUUAACUGGCAGCACUGAAGGUAGGGUGGCCCUGCAUCUUGACAGACACUCCAACGGGGCAUUUCUCCUCCACGCAGCCAAAGCACAAUAACCACCUGUGGCUCAAGGAUCAAACUUUCACCUGCGCUACAUAAAUUGAAAGGCAAGGUUCAUGGAGGCUGCAUAUGUCGGAUCAAUCGGAAAUUUGUCGCGCAGUGCCUUCAAACUAUUUAUACCCCUUGACCUUUUCCACAUAUGGUAUUGCGUGUAGAAGUGUUGACAUUUCAGCUUUUAUUUUGUAAAGUGUUCUGGAGUAAAAAUGUGCAAUUAGUGGUUGACUUAAUUUUUGAAUGGUUGUUUUUCAUAAAUUCUGCGAUUAGAUUUUGUUUAAGAAAAUUCUCUAUUUUAAUCCCACUACGUAACAAUGUGGAAUAAGUCAAGGGAUGUAAAUACUUUCUGAAGGCAAUGUAUUUGUAUAUCAUUGCGACCCACGAGCCCGGUGUCGGGUGGGGGGGACAUUCUGUAAAUACCGGGAGGAAAUAUGUAUAUUUUAAAAGGUGAUUCUGUAUAAAUGUUUUUAGAAAAGUGCUAGGUUGGACAAAAAAAAUAAUUGUAUGUCUGUACCCAAAAUAAAAAAUACAUAUGGUUGA